CCGCCGCCCCGCUAUAUAACGGGGGAGCCCGGCGCUGCGCAACCUCGGGAAAAAAAAAAACACGCGCCGCCCUCGGACGGAGAGCCGCGCCGGGGUUAUGAGACCGUCACCGCGCAGGACAGGCUGAGCAACGGAGGUGCCCACCAUGACCAAGUCGUACAGCGAGAGCGGGCUGAUGGGCGAGCCCCAGCCCCAGGGGCCCCCGAGCUGGACGGACGAGUGCCUCAGCUCCCAGGACGAGGACCACGAGGUGGACAAGAAGGAGGAGGACCUGGAGGGUCUGCACGUCGAGGCCGAGGAGGACUCACUGCGAAACGGCGAGGAGGAAGACGAGGAGGACGACCUGGACGAAGAGGAGGAAGAAGAGGAGGAGGAAGAGGACGACGACCAGAAGCCCAAGAGGCGGGGCCCCAAGAAGAAGAAGAUGACCAAGGCGCGCAUGGAGCGGUUCAAACUGCGGCGCAUGAAGGCCAACGCCCGGGAGCGCAACCGCAUGCACGGCCUGAACGCAGCCCUGGACAACCUGCGGAAGGUGGUGCCCUGCUACUCCAAGACGCAGAAGCUCUCCAAGAUCGAGACCCUGCGCCUGGCCAAGAACUACAUCUGGGCGCUCUCCGAGAUCCUGCGCUCGGGCAAGAGCCCUGACCUGGUCUCCUUCGUGCAGACCCUCUGCAAGGGCCUGUCGCAGCCCACCACCAACCUGGUGGCCGGCUGCCUGCAGCUCAACCCACGGACUUUCCUUCCCGAGCAGAGCCAGGAGGUGCCGCCCCACGUGGCGGCGGCCGGCGCCCCCUUCCCGGCGCACCCCUACCCGUACCAGUCUCCCGGGCUGCCCAGCCCGCCCUACGGCACCAUGGACAGCUCCCACCUCUUCCACCUCAAGCCGCCGCACGCCUACGGCGCUGCGCUCGAGCCCUUCUUCGACAGCGGCCUGGCCGAGGGCGCCAGCCCCGCCUUCGACGGGCCGCUCAGCCCGCCCCUCAGCGUCAACGGCAACUUCUCCUUCAAGCACGAGCCGGCCGCCGACUUCGACAAGAGCUACGCCUUCACCAUGCACUACCCCGCCGCCGCCGCCGCCGCCGCCGCGCUGGCCGCCGCGCCCGCCCACGCCGCCAUCUUCCCGGCCGCCGCCUCCCGCUGCGAGAUCCCGGUCGACGGCCUGGCCCCCUACGAGGGCCAUCCCCACCACGAGCGGGUCCUGAACGCCCAGCUCAACGCCAUCUUCCACGACUGAGCCCUCCGCCCGCGGGAGGGGCCGAGAGGAGAGGGGCAGAGCCGAGCCCCGCCGCCCGCCGGCGGCCAGCGCCUUGUUUACAGGGGCAGCCCGGCGGGGCCCGCCGCUGCCUUCGGGAGCCCCCGCGCCCCCGCUCACCUGUCUUGCUUCUGCUCCUCGGAGCGACGCUGUAAAUUUGGGGUAGGGGCAUUGGGAUCGCGUCAAUUACCUGAUCGGGAUAACAAAAUCACAAGCAAUAAUUAGGAUCUAUGCAAUUUUUAAACUAGCGAUGGGCCAAUUACAAAAUAUAUAUGAGAUCUAUAUUUUUCAACCAACGUUUUACUACUUGUUACCUUUCCCAUGCUGAAUUAUUUUGUUGUGAUUUUGUACAGAAUUUUUAAUGACUUUUUAUAACGUGAAUUUCCUAUUUUAAAUCAUGCAGCUUCAUCAAUUUUUAUACAUAUUGGAAAGGUAGAAUUAUAUCUAAUUUAUACAAAAUAAUUUAACUAAUUUAAACCAGCAGAAAAGUGCUUAGAGAAGUUAUGUUGCCUUAGCACUUCUUUCCUUUCAAAUAGUUGAAGAAGAAAAAAAAAUGCACAAUCCGGGCAAUUUCUUUCCCAUGAAAGUAUUCUUUUCUUUUUUAUUUUCUUGUUGUUUUCUUUUCUUUUCUUUUUCUCCUUUCUCCCCUACAACAAGAACCAGAUCCCCUAGGGCACGAGAAGAUAUAAGAACGAGAGACUUAUUUUCUAUUAAAACAUAUCAAUUCAACACAUUACUUGCACAAACUUGUAUAUAAAGAUUAUAAGCAAAUGCCAACACCCUUUUUAAAUCGAAAGCUGCUUGACUAUCACAUACAAUUUGCACUGUUUCUUUUUAGUCUUUGAACCCUUCGGCAUUCCGUGUUUUUUUGAAGAGAACUUGAAGAUGUUAAUGUUUCCAGGCGGUAUAAAUGCAUGAUUUUUAUACAUAUUCACACAAUCCGUGGUUGUCAUAUGCUCAUCUUAUAAAUCGGAACCUAAAACUAAUCAGGUUGUUAAAGUCGGGCUAUAUACCUAUUGUAGUCGAUUAGUACAGUAGCUUGAAACAAAUUCAAACCAUUUAAUCCGUAAUUAGAACAAUAGCUCUUGCAUGUACAAUGCAGUCCAGAAUAAGUGCUGUUUGAAAUGUAAUGCUGGUUCAACUGGAAUCAAUCUGUACUGUAAUUUUGUUUGUAAUCCUGUAUAUUAUGGUGUAAUGCACACUGGGAUUUUAGAAAAACAUCCAUUCUUUGGCAACAACAUAGUAUUGAACAUUUGGUCGAAUGUUGCGUUUCUCCUUAAAUGUGAUUAUUAUUUUUUUUCUUAGUGUAAGUAAUUCCUAUGGGAUUAUUGUUUUAUUCGGAUAGCUCAUGAAAGGUGCAACAUUUAUUAUUUGUAGAAUAAAAUCGGACUUAAAAAAAAA